GCUUCCGGUCCGUCCGCAUUAUUGGUCGUAGCGGGCCGUUAGUCGUACGGGUUGUGAAGGAGCCUUGUGUGUUUGUGUGGCCCAGUGUCUGUCUGUUUGGGCACAGAGCUCUCUCAUCAAAGCUCUCCAAGUAACGGCUCGGUGUGAAGUAUGGCGAUGAGGCAAACCCCGCUCACCUGCUCCGGACACACCAGGCCUGUGGUGGACCUGGCCUUCAGCGGAAUAACCCCGUAUGGCUACUUCCUCAUCAGUGCUUGUAAAGAUGGCAAACCGAUGUUGCGGCAGGGAGACACAGGGGACUGGAUCGGCACGUUCUUGGGUCAUAAAGGCGCUGUUUGGGGGGCCACCUUAAACAAAGAAGCCACUAAAGCUGCUACUGCUGCUGCUGAUUUCUCAGCAAAAGUCUGGGAUGCAGUCACAGGUGAUGAGGUUCUCACGCUGGCGCACAAGCACAUCGUCAAAUGUGUUAACUUCACGCAGGACAGUAACUGUCUUUUGACUGGUGGAAAUGACAAAGUGCUACGCAUAUAUGACCUCAGCAAGCCUGAAGCAGAUCCUCAGGAAUUCUCUGGCCACACUUCUGCCAUUAAAAAAGCUCUGUGGUGCAACAGCGAUCAACAGAUUCUUUCAGCUGCAGAAGACAAAACCAUACGCCUGUGGGACAGAAACACAAAGGAGAUCGUGAAGACUCUCUCAUUUGAAACGUCUGUCAGUAGCAUGGAAUACAUACCUGACGGGGAGAUUCUGGUCAUCACCUAUGGAAGGACUGUCGCGUUCUACGACGCUCAUAUGCUGGAGCUGAUUAAGACCGUGGAUGCCCCUGCCUCUAUUCACUCUGCCUCACUGCACCCCGACAAAGACUUCUUUGUGGCAGGAGGCGAUGACUUCAAGCUCUACAAAUACGACUACAGCACCAAGGAGGAAAUGGAGUCCUACAAGGGCCACUUUGGGCCCGUGCACUGCGUACGCUUCAGCCCAGAUGGAGAGCUAUACGCCAGCGGCUCCGAGGAUGGGACCCUCCGCCUGUGGCAGACGGCCGUGGGCAAAACGUACGGCCUGUGGAAGUGCGUCCUCCCUGAGGAGCUGUCAUCAGAGAACACCGAUGCGCUGUACUGCCCCCCGGCUGAGAUUAAAGCCUGAGACACAGAGAGGGAGGUGGGAACCGAUAGGUUCGGGAUGGGUGGGGCCAGCGCGUCCACACCCCCGACAGAGAGGUGGGCUAAGCUGUCAAUCACCUGAAACAGCCCCAGGGCAGGAGCUGAGUCUUCCAGGGGAGUGUGUGGAAUCCACCGACGUAUCCAACCCAGAUGAAGCCAUCGCAGACGGGAGCUGCAGCCCUCCCUCAGACUGCACUCAGCUCCUCCAGUGGUCUGUCUCCACAUGCUGUGUGAUCACUAUGGUUACUUUUUUUUCUCCCUUUCUUUCUUUUCCUCUUUUUUUCCUACAAAUUUGUGCUUUUAAAACAAAAAAAGUGUUUUGUUUCAGUAAAAGGAAAUACAGUGUUCACAUUCGGUUUGGUAACAUCCCAUUGGAAAUGACCCUAAGAAGAAAUAUGAUGUCAGAUGCUAUUCUUAUUCACAGCAGUGUCUUGUGGUGUAACAGAACAUGGACCCGUAUCUGUGUGAAUACUGGGGUGUUUUGAACAGCUAACAGCAUUUAAAAGCUUAAGUUCUUAACGCUUGACUAUCUUUGGUUGCAACAUGACAGGUGUAUCAUGUAGUUAAUAAAACAUUGGUGAUGUAACGUU